GUAUUCUUGAUUCAUACAACAUGUUCGCAACCUAUAAAUUUAAUGAACGUGAACAAGUUAUUAAUACACUUUACCAGGUAUAUGAAAAAUACAAACCAGCCAAAGAAAUCACGAUUCAAUUGGAUUCAAAUGAAAUUAACACCUAUUUAUCUGAGCCUGAAACUGAAGCAGAACCACUUUUAUGGUGGAGAGCAAAUGCUAUGCAAUAUCUGACACUAGCACGAAUUGCAAUGGACUAUCUUGCAAUACAGGCAACUAGUGUACCUAGUGAGCAAGCCUUUUCUAUUGCAAAACAUAUAGUCAGUCUUAACCGUAAUCGUAUUGAUCCAGAAACAGCACGCGCGUCAUUAUGCUUAAAGAGCUGGUAUACGGAAUUGGAUGAUAUAUAA